AGCAGGAAGUGGCGGUGCGAGGGCUGCUGCACAGCUAGCGGAGCCGCGGUCCGGACGGCAGCGCGUGCCCCGAGCUCUCCGCCUCCCCCCGCCCGCCAGCCCGAGGCCCCCGAGCCCAGCCCGCGGCCCCAGCAGCAGCGCCGAGAGCAGCCCCAGAAGCAGCGCCAUGGCCGGGUGGAACGCCUACAUCGACAACCUCAUGGCGGACGGGACCUGUCAGGACGCGGCCAUCGUGGGCUAUAAGGACUCGCCCUCCGUCUGGGCCGCCGUCCCCGGGAAAACCUUCGUCAACAUCACGCCAGCUGAGGUUGGUGUCCUGGUUGGCAAAGACCGGUCAAGUUUUUUCGUGAACGGGCUGACACUUGGGGGCCAGAAAUGUUCUGUUAUCCGGGACUCACUGCUGCAGGAUGGGGAAUUUACCAUGGAUCUUCGUACCAAGAGCACCGGGGGAGCCCCCACUUUCAACAUCACUGUCACCAUGACUGCCAAGACGCUAGUCCUGCUGAUGGGCAAAGAAGGUGUCCACGGAGGUAUGAUCAACAAGAAAUGCUACGAAAUGGCCUCUCACCUGCGGCGUUCCCAGUACUGACCCCGUCCGUCCCCCCCCACCGCUGCCCACGGCUUUUGCACCCCCUCCUUCCCAGACACACACACACACCAUUUUUAUUUUUUGGGCCAUUACCCCACACCCGUUAUUGCUGCCAAAACCACAUGGGCUGGGGGCUGGGGCUGGAUGGACAGACACCUCCCCCUACCCAAACCCCUCCUGUGUGUGGUUGGAAAACUUUUUUUGGGGGGUUUUUUGUUUUUUUUUGUUUUUCUGAAUAAAAAAGAUUCUACUAACAA